AUGGGGCAGCAGAAUGCAGAAAUUGAAAUAGUAUUUGAUGAGCAGAGCAUAGAAGAAGUAAUUAAAAGAAUUGAAAAAGAAAAAGGUUUUAGCGAAAGUAAAAAAUCUGCAGAUGGACAGAAUGCCAGCAAAAAAAACGGGCUUGAUGCCAACUAUGUAAGCUCAUUCCCUUCCAUUGUAGAUCCAAAUGUAACCCUCAAAGCCGACUUUCUGCCAAGGUACACAAAGAGUCUCUUGCUGAAAAUUGCCAAAAAGAACAUUUACAGGCUCUUGCAGCAAAAAAAAAGAGAAAAUCUUGUUGACCUUCUGAAAAACUCGCUAACAUACGACGAGGGGUAUGCAACGAUAAAAGGCCCAAUUACUGACUUUAUCAACAAACUGUAUGCAGGGGCUAAGAAUAUAGAGGACCACGGCAUAGGUGUAGACAAGUUUUUAGAAAUAUACAUAAAAAAACUGGACUUGGGCUAUGACGUCUGUUUGAUCAAAAAAUUCAUAACACUCGACGGGCUGAUGGAUGGAUUCACUGAUAUGCAUAAAUACAAACUUUCUGGCUAUAAAUACAGCAUAGACGAGCUGUACACUUUUAAGAAAGAAGGCAUGCCGCUGGUAGACUACGGGAUAUCCAUACUUGCCAACAAUACAAAGGAGCUAGAGAAUAAAGAAAAAAUACUGAAAGAUCCUUCGUCUUUUAUCAGAGAAGGAGACCUUAUCGAGCUAAACAAUGACGCUAAAAGCGCCAUUAAGAGCAAGAAUGCCUAUAUUAAGAAUGCGCUACUUAUUAAAUCAGUCAUAGAGCACCAAGAGAAAAUUCAAAGACAAAAAGAGUGUCUGCUAAAGGUGUACAAUGGCGUAAAUGAUUUCCUAGGAAGCUCUGACUUUGCAAUGUGUAAAGAAAGCUCAGCAGAUGCGCUGGAAGUAAAAAAAGAAAUAGAAAAAAAAGUAUGCUCUAUUGUUUCUGAAUUAGGAAAGAAAGAAAAAGUGCUCGAUUCACAGAUCUCGUACAUGCACCAAAAGGCGCUUGAAUACAUAGAUCUACUAGACCUAGCUGUCUUAAGACCGCUAAAGCCAAAGAUUAGCAUUUCCUCAAAACGGUUACUGCAUUUGGCUGCACUGGCCAUAGUCGCUAUAGUAGUAUGCAGUUUUACCUAUAUGAUGAUGAACAGAAAGGAGAUCAGUGUAUAG